UUUCUCUCCGUCGUCCACCGGAGAGAAAACGCCGCCGCCGCCAUUGACUACGGUUUAUUAGGAUCAAGCUCAAACCAUUAAGAUCCAAAUUGUGCUGCUUGAUUGUGGGUUUCAUGUGGAUUGGGUUUGACAUGGAUUAGGAAAGAAAAAAGGAAGAAUCUUUAAUCUUAUCCAGAUUGUUUUGGAUUUGGGUAGACUUUCCAUAUCUCUGUUGGUGUGUGAUCUGUCUUAUGGAUACGAGACGUGGAGAGGCUAAAGAAGCCAAUGGAUUUGAGAAUCAUAAGGCUAUUAUUGUCAGUGAAGUUGAGGAUCAAGUCUGUGAGGAGGAGGAGGAAGAAGAUAGUGAGUCACAGUGUUUGUUGCCUCCUCCUAGGAAAGGAGGGAUGUCGACAAAUACUGACAAGAUUAAGAGGACUGUGCAAUGGACUGAUAACAAAGGAGACAACCUUGCUGAGAUUUUAGUAUAUGAACCAAGUGAAGUAAGCGAUUCAGAUGACGAUGACUCGGAUUCUUGCAUCUGCACAAUUAUGUAGUUCUUCAAACCAGCAUUCACUCACCGUUAACAUGGAGUUUUAACAAUGAGCUCGUCCUUGUAUCUGGCUUCUUUUCAGCAACCAGUUUUUGUGAGGAUAGGCGACUGGACAUCACUAUCACGCAAAUGUCUGAUUUUGUGCUCAGGACUUUUGACAAGAAGCCUGUUCAAACGAGGGAUGUGUGGGCUCAGUAUCCAAUUGUCACAUCUCAAUUACAGGAGUGGGAGUAUAUAGGGGUAUAGAUUACUGCUGUAUUAUGCAAUAGAGACUGAUCUUCAAGCCGAAGAUCCUUGAGUUCUGUUUGGGUUGACAGGUUUUGAUAGUAAACUAUGUAUGUCUUUCUGCAACAUACAAGCUAAUUAAAAUGUAAGCAUAUGCAGCAAU